AUGGAAGGUGGCUAUGAAAAUGAGAAAAUAAGGAUUUUGAUGCUCCCAUGGCUUGCUCAUGGCCAUGUCUCCCCUUUCUUAGAGCUCUCAAAGUUACUUGCUACUAGAAACUUUCACAUUCUCUUCUGUUCCACGUCUGUAAUCCUUCACUCCAUUCAAUCAAAACUCCCUCAAAACCUCUCCUCUAAUAUAGAGCUUGUGGAGUUGACUUUACCCACGUCGGCCGACCUCCCGCCGCACCGCCACACCACCACUGGCCUUCCGUCACAUCUCAUGUUCUCGCUCAAGCGAGCGUUUGACUCGGCCGCCUCCGCCUUUGAUGCCAUUGUUCGUAACGUGAGACCGGACUUGCUCAUCUAUGACUUCUUGCAGCCUUGGGCGCCGGCUGUGGCUCUCUCUGCUGAUAUUCCAGCAGUCAUGUUUCAAUGCACAGGUGCUCUAAUGGCGGCGAUGGUAACGUAUGGGUUAAAGUUUGGAAACUCAGAUAUUUUGUCGAAAUUUCCUGAAAUUCGCGUGUCUGAGUUAGAGAUUAAACAGCUGAACAACUUGUUUAGAUGUUCAGUGAAUGAUGCAAAAGACAAGCAAAGAAUUGAGGAAUGUAAUGAGAGAUCUUGUGGCAUCCUUUUUCUUAAAUCUUUUAGAGAAAUCGAAGCCAAAUAUAUUGAUUCUCUCUCCACUUUCCUCCAAAAAAAGGUUAUUCCCGUGGGUCCCUUAGUUGAAGAACCAGAAAACGACGUCGUAUUAGGAGGAAGCUUCGAGAAAUGGCUAAACCAAAAAGAGAGAAAAUCUUGCAUACUCGUAUCUUUCGGAAGCGAGUUUUACCUAUCCAAAUUUGAUAUGGAAGAAAUCGCUUAUGGCUUAGAGCUGAGCCGCCUGAACUUCAUAUGGGUGGUGAGGUUUCCGGCGAGCGGCGGAGGAGAGGGAAAGAAGAACGUAGAAGAAGAGCUCCCAAAAGGGUUUUUAGAGAGAGUUGGAGAGAGAGGAAUGGUUGUGGAAGGGUGGGUCCCACAAGCUCAGAUCUUGAAACACCGGAGCAUCGGCGGGUUCCUCAGCCACUGUGGGUGGAGCUCCGUCGUCGAGAGCAUCAAGUUCGGCGUUCCGAUCAUCGCCGCCCCAAUGCAACUCGAUCAGCCGUUAAAUGCCAGGCUAGUAGAGCACCUCGGCGUCGGUGUCGUGGUGGAGAGAAGUGAUGGUGGUAGGCUAUGCCGGAGAGAGGUGGCGAGAGCUGUGAGAGCUGUGAGAGAGGUGGUGGCGGAGGAAAGUGGGAAGAGAGUGAGGGAGAAGGCGAAGGAGUUUGCAAAGAUUAUGAAGGAGAAAGGUGAUGAAGAAAUGGAGGUUGUUGUGGAAGAGAUAAUGAAGCUAUGUAGGAGGAAGAAGAAGGGUUUACAAAGCAAUUGGUGUAGAACUUCCAUGGAUUCACAUUGUUGUGAAGUCAUGAAGAUUGAUCAUUGUAAUGGUGCAACACCCAAUGAAGAGCCUCUUUGCAAACAAGAAAAAUAG